CACGUUCGGGACACUAUUUCGAUGCAAAUUGUAUUUCUCUUUCCAGGCUCUUGGUGAGCGGAUGGACGGGGACUCUAUAAACCCCUCUCUUGAUAUGAUAUAUACCCGGAGUACGUUCAAGCUCGCGACGGAUUUUACCUAGAAACUUCGUGUAUUUCUGAAGUUACAAUUGGAAAUAAAAAUAAGGAGAUUAGCGGAGCUAUGGGUUCGUCUUCAACCGAAGUUUUUCCACAAAUGCAGGAAAUCAUGCUGGAGUUUCGAGCUGGUAAAAUGUUUUUUGACGGGAAAAGGGUUGUCCCUGAUACUCGCAAAGGGCUUGUUCGCAUAGCAAGGGGGGAGGAAGGCUUGGUCCAUUUUCAGUGGAUUGAUCGGACAAAGAAUGCUGUCGAAGAUGAUCAAAUUGUAUUUCCUGAUGAGGCAUUUUUUGAGAAGGUUAAUCAAUCAUCAGACAGAGUAUACAUCCUAAAGUUCGAUAGUGACGACAGGAAGUUCUUUUUUUGGAUGCAGGAGCCCAAUUCUGAUGGUGACUCACAGCUAUGUAGUGCAGUCAAUUACCACCUCAAUCGACCGAUAGCAGAGGAGUUCCCUACUGAUGAAGAUCCUGAUCCUUCUGUUCCUCUACAAGUGUCUGAAGAUAUGAUUGAAGAUGAUAUCUCAUCAAGAGCUGGAAACUUGGUCAGCACAAACUUGGCUGCAAAUAUAACUAGUGAGGUCACCUCUUCAUCUGGACCGGUGAAACUGGAAUACCUGCAACAAAUCUUAAGUAGCAUUGGGCCUGCAGAUAAUGCUGGGGAUCAUGAUGGAGGCUUUGGAUUGAGAGAGAUUUUGAAGCCUGAUUUGAUCAUGCCAUUGAUCGAGACGUUGCCAUUGGAACAGUGUUUAGCAUCAUACUUGCCUGAGGGUCACCGGACUCCAGAAGAUAUAUUGGAGUUGCUGCAGAGUCCAUCUUUCUGCCAACAAGUGGAUUCGUUUACUUAUGUACUUCGAACUGGACAGAUAGAUUUGUCUCAGUUUGGUAUUGACCCAAGUAAAUACAAGUUCACUGUUUUAUCUUUUCUUGAGGCACUCGAGGCUUCUGUUUCUGGAACAUCUGAGUCUGAGGAGUCAAGGCAAGAUGACAAGGAUUUAAGACCUCAAUCUUGUAGUCGGACUGACCACAUGGAUGAGCCCCAGUAGUACAGGCGCUUUUAUUCAUCUCUGUUCGUUUCCUUUUUCCUUAAUUGUUAUAGGCAAAUGAGACUUACAUGCUCACUCAGUAUUUCUCGCAUACAUUUUUAAAUUGGGGAAGGAGGAGGAAAAAAGAGGGUUUAAGGGUUGGGGAAGAAGCAAUGAAAGGUCUUGAUUUUAAAUUGGAUACAUGACUCCUUUACACAGAUCUGAAAAUAUCAUAUGUUGCACUGAAGACAUUAUACUGAGAACUGGAUUUGACUUACCAUCAUAGUUUGUUUUGAAACCGACGGUUGGGCUGCUGAUGUGUUCUUUAAUGCUUUAGAAUUUAAAUAGUUUAUGUUCA